CUAACUUCAUUUGUGUCUCCACCGUUCAUACACAGCAGAACGAUUACUGAGGAUCUUUCAAUGAAAUUUACAUGAAAAGUGUCUUCCAAAGCCAUUUCAAUCGGGUUUCUCGUGACAUUUCUGGAUUCAUUUGCAAAAUUCAAUAUUAACGGCAGAAGUUAAAUUCCUCUGUUUUUCAAAGGCUAACUGCAUUAACUGAUACUCAGUAAACCCGCUAUACUGGUGCUUCAUUAUGUACAGAAUGGCAAAUCUGGAUCUUUGCUGCAUUUUGUGGUUUUCAAUAUUUCUUUGUGAUUUAGUCUCGUUAAAUGAAAUUGUGGAAAACAAGAUAAAAGAUACAAAUUUUGAGUUCAACGACGAGGUGAAUCCACAUAACGUGACUCUUGUGGAGGAAAUCGAUAAUCAGCAAAACAUUUUAACUCAGCUGCUGGGUGAUUAUGACAAAGUGAAAGCGCUUUCGGAAGGCUCUGACUGUGGGUGUAAAUGUGUUGUCAGACCCCUGAGCAGGAGCGCCUGCCGGCGGAUCCAUGAAGGCAGCGCCGAGCCACAGGAUUUUUAUACAGUGGAGACUGUGACUUCAGGGUCGGACUGCAAGUGCACGUGCAUUGCCCCGCCUUCGGCUCUGAACCCCUGCGAGGGGGAUUUCAGGUUGAAGAAGCUGCAAGAUGCAGGGAAAGAUAAUAUUAAGCUCUCAACCAUUAUGGAAUUACUGGAAGGGGCAUUUUACGGAAUGGAUCUCUUAAAACUACACUCAGUCACAACUAAACUAAUAAAUCGCAUUGAAAACAUAGAAAAGGCAGUAUCAGAGAAAUCCCAAGAGGAGAGAGUCUUUGUGAAGAGCAGCACUCACAGGCCAGCACAGGGGAAGGAGAGUCACAAGGAAGCAGAUAAGAAGAAGCCAGUGAGCCAGGCUGUACCUCCACUAAAGGGGAACACAACCGCAGGAAGCGGUAACAGAGAGGGUAAAUACGAAGAGAGGCUUCUUGGAAACCAAGGAUUUUCCAGACCCUUGCUAAAGAGAAGUCAACCUGAAUUCCAUAAAGGAACCAAAGAUGAUCAGGAGGAGCAGAGAAGCCCUCCACAGUCUAAGGCAGCUUCUCAGGAUGUGGUCAUCAGAGGUGUGACGUACUAUAAAUCUGACACGGGUGACAAUGUGGACAGGGAGGACCAAGCAGUGGUUGAUGAGGUAGUCAGCGGUGAUGGCUCUGUUGAUCUGCUCAUUGAAGAUCAGCUCCUCAAGGAGGGACGGGGCCUUUCCAAAGUCAACAAGAAAUCGAAGAAGGCAGUUGGCCGAGCAGCCCAGGUCGCUCGAACCACCCUCACCACCCAGAAACACAAUAUCACUGUAGCUGAGAUGGAGCUCACCACCACCAUUCCUGCCACAGCAAAGCAAAUCAUAAAGCAAAUGACCAAAACCAUGGAUCCAGUCAUGGUUACCACUCCCAGUCCCCAGACCACUGUAGCUUCCACCAUUACGAGUUCCACGGCGGCCAGAAUUACAUCAGCUAUUCUCAACACAACCACCAGAAUUGACGUUUCCAAUAUUUCGUCACCAUCUAACACAAGCGGCCAGGCAGAAAAACCUAAGUCCCGCAUCAGCUGGACUGAGAGUCCAGCUGAUCAAAAAAUGGCUGCAGAGUCCCAGAAGAACCCUGGCAUAUGUAAGGACACGCUGGCCACAAUUGGCGAUCCUGUGACACACAACACGUUUGGUCAUAGUGAAGGGGCGUGGAUGAAAGACCCCAAGGGCAACGAUGGCAGAAUAUAUGUCACUAACUAUUACCAUGGAAACAACCUGCUGGAAUUCAGCAACAUAGAGGCAUUCAAAGAAGGACGCCCAACCAACUCCUACAAACUGCCUUACAACUGGAUGGGCACAGGUCACGUAGUCUACAGGAAGGCUUUUUACUACAACAGGGCCUUCUCACGUGACAUCAUAAAGUUUGACCUGAACCGGAGGUAUGUGGCGGCGUGGACCGUACUUGAUGAUGCAGUGGUCGACGAGGACAACCACUGGACGGGACGCUCUGAUAUCGACUUUGCUGUGGACGAGAGUGGCUUGUGGGUGAUAUACCCAGCUAUGGACGAUGAAGGCUUCCACCAGGAGGUGAUCGUCCUCAGCAAGCUGAAUCCAGCCGACCUGAGCAUGCAGAAGGAGACCUCGUGGAGGACUGCCUUGAGACGGAACUUCUACGGCAACUGCUUUGUCGUCUGCGGCGUCCUGUACGCCAUUGACAGCUUCGACCAGAUGAACGCCAACAUCUCUUAUGCUUUUGACACUCAUACGAAUACCCAAAUGAUUCCACGCCUUCCCUUCUUAAACAGCUACACUUACAACAUGCAGGUAGACUACAACCCCAAAGAACGAGCUCUGUACUCAUGGGAUAACGGCCACCAGGUCACAUAUAGUGUAAUAUUCGCGUAUUGAGAGAGCUAGUGGAAAAAAUGCAUUUCAGCACUUUUUGUAGAAAGACAAACUUUUUAAGUUAUAUGUGGAUUGUAGAUCAGUCUGCACAGCAAAAACUUUUUGUUUUGGAGACACCAAUAAUUUUAGCCCGAAACCUUUAAAUGUCUGUCAUGCAUAUUACAUUUCAGGUGUCUGCCAAAGGGUGGGGAAAUGUAACCAUUCCCUGAGGCACAAUCCAAGACAAGGUGUUUCUUACCACUCAUUGUAUUAGUUAACAUAUUUUGUGUCUGCUAAAAUUUUUAAACGCAAGAGUGUAAUAAUUUUUGGGUUACUGGGUAUCCAGCACAUUUUCCCCAAAUGAUGCUUUAGUUUUUAGAUAUUUUUAUGUUUAAUUGCUUAUACAUUUUUCAAUGUACUUUACAGAUUUUUUUGAAUACUAUCAAUAAAAAGUCCUUUACCA